UACCUACCUACUCCACACCAGGCUACAGACUGGCACACCGGCAGCUGCUGCAGGAGCCACUAGGGCAGCAAGAUGCACUUGGGAUAUUCCCUAUUGAAAGAAUGAGAUUGCCUUCACUGUGCUCUGUCACAUUCUUCUUCCUCUCCACAUCCCAGCUCUGGACAGCAGUGCUAGCAGCUCCCAAGCAGAAGAAAGCCAAGGGCCAGCUCCUAAAGGUCUCCAGCAACCACAUCACCAGUUCCAGAGCCUCCUCUGCCUCCUUCCCACCCCUGGGAGCAGAGACCAGCGGCUCCCAGUGGAGCACAGCAGGGCGCAGGACUGGCAGUCUGUACUGCAGAGUGGGCAUUGGAUUCCAUCUCCAGAUCCACCCGGAUGGCAGAGUCAAUGGCUCACAUGAGGCUAAUCAUUUAAGUAUUUUGGAAAUAUUUGCUGUGUCUCAAGGGAUUGUGGGAAUAAGAGGAGUUUUCAGCAACUUAUUUCUGGCCAUGUCAAAAAAGGGAAAACUUCAUGCAACGCCUAAAUUUACAGAUGAUUGCAAAUUUAUGGAGAGGUAUCAGGAAAACAGCUAUAACACUUAUGCCUCAGCUACCUACAGAACUGAAAAGACAGGCAGAAGAUGGUAUGUGGCUUUAAAUAAAAGAGGAAAAGCCAAAAAAGGUUCCAGCCCUCGAGUGAAACCGCAACACAUAUCAACCCAUUUCCUUCCUAGGAUCAAACAUGUAGAGCCACCCGAGUUCUCAUUCACUGUUACAGCACCUGAAAAGAAAAAGACUCUGUCAAAUCCAGUCAAACCUAAGCCUAUGGUUCCCCCUCCAAAGAAGAAAACCAGCCCUGUCAGAUAUAGGCUGAAGUUCAGAUUUGGAUAAUUUGGGAUACUCGUAUAAUGGAGAGGAUAUAUCUUACUAAACAACACAGCACAACAUGAGGGUUGUGUUUCGCACUUCAUUCCUCUAACCAGUGAGAAGGUCCGGUUUUGACUGGCGAUAUCAUAGGUGGCUUUGUUAUAAUGAAGCAAAUAAGCAUAUGGAGAGGGGGUAGCACACUAUGGUUUUAUAAGGCUUAAGCCAGUAUAUAUUGGAUAACUUAAGAAAAUAUUUAUCGCAAAGAACCAAAGGAGUACUUGACUAUGACAUAAAAGAGCUACAAAUAGAGUUAUUGUUCUGUGUACACCUUCAGUUUAUAUGCAGCACACUUGAAAAAAUAAAAAUAAAUCAAUUAUAUGUAUUUGGUUAAAAACAUUUGCAGUUGUUUUUCUGUUUUACUUACGUACCGUAGUAUAUGUCACAGAGCUACUAUAUGACAAA